CUGUGAUGGAUGCCGAGUGUACGGCAAUCGGUGGCACAGUAUCCGGCCACAACCAAGAGAGCGGAGAUGCUCGUUCCAACUGCAUCACCUACUGCAACAACGUCCCCACCGGCGGACAGGAUACGACUGGCAACAUUCUUGGCCGUCACAGCUACCACGUUUAUGUCGUCGACUCUUGCACUAGCUGUGGCUACUGCGGUGCUCUGUGAAGAAUGCACACGAGAUAGAACAGCGACAGAAAAAAGAGGCCAGCCAAGAUGUAGUCUGAUAUUACCUCGUAUAACAUUUCUCUGUACAUUCCAACACAGUUCAACGAGCGGU